GUGGGGUUUCCCGGCGCUGUCCGCAGGGUUACCGCGCCCAUCUCCGCUUGAUGGCUGAAAGGAAUUGAGGGGGAAGGCGGUGUGAGCGCGUUGGUAUUUUGGUGGCAGAUUGGGGAGACGGAAGCAGAACCGAGACGCACGGCGGGGAUUCAGAAAGCACCUUAACCGGAAACCGAGGGGGAAAGAAGAAUUUGCAGAAAGAAAGGCCUUGCGCUAAGCGGCCACCCUCCCUUCCGUCACCGCCCAGCACGUCUUCUGCUCCCCUCAUCCUCCCCGACCCCCCCACCCCUCUCCGGCCGCCCUUCGCCUCUCACACACCCUCCUUUCUUGGGACAAGCCGCGGGGCCUCUGGGGGAGGAGAGGGGGAACCGGUUAAAACCUAAGGGGGUCGCACGGACACAGCGCCCGGUGGGAGAAGAAAGCGAGUGUUGCGAGGAGCCGGGUACCGCAGCUGGGGGGGAGCCGUGGAUGGUCACAUCUUCGGAGGGCAGAAGAACCGAGUGUUGGUGGUGGUAGAGAAGCUCCACUUUAGGGACAAAAAUGAGUGAACUAGAUCAGCUACGCCAGGAGGCUGAGCAGCUCAAGAACCAAAUCAGAGAUGCAAGGAAAUCUUGUGCAGAUGCCACUUUGGCUCAGAUCACAGCCAACAUUGAUCCAGUUGGUCGAAUUCAGAUGCGCACUAGACGUACAUUGAGAGGGCACCUGGCUAAAAUCUAUGCUAUGCACUGGGGUACGGACUCCAGGCUGCUAGUUAGUGCCUCCCAGGAUGGCAAGCUCAUCAUCUGGGAUAGCUACACCACAAACAAGGUUCAUGCCAUCCCGCUGCGUUCUUCUUGGGUGAUGACCUGUGCAUAUGCUCCCUCUGGAAACUAUGUUGCCUGUGGUGGUCUUGAUAAUAUAUGCUCAAUUUACAACCUCAAAACUCGUGAAGGAAAUGUGCGGGUGAGCCGUGAGUUGGCUGGGCAUACAGGGUAUCUUUCCUGCUGCCGUUUUCUGGAUGAUAACCAAAUAAUUACCAGUUCUGGAGAUACCACUUGUGCUCUUUGGGACAUUGAAACUGGCCAGCAGACAACCACCUUUACUGGGCACACUGGUGAUGUUAUGAGUCUGUCCUUAGCUCCAGAUUCCAGGUGCUUUGUGUCUGGAGCCUGUGAUGCAUCUGCCAAACUUUGGGACGUUCGAGAAGGAAUGUGUCGACAAACCUUCACUGGACAUGAAUCAGACAUAAAUGCCAUCUGUUUCUUCCCCAAUGGCAAUGCCUUUGCCACUGGUUCAGAUGAUGCCACCUGCAGGCUGUUUGAUCUUCGGGCUGACCAGGAACUGAUGGUUUAUUCACAUGAUAACAUUAUCUGCGGCAUCACCUCUGUAGCAUUCUCCAAGAGUGGACGCCUCCUCCUAGCUGGAUAUGAUGACUUUAAUUGCAAUGUCUGGGACACACUUAAGGCUGAUAGAGCUGGUGUUCUUGCUGGUCAUGAUAAUCGUGUAAGUUGCUUGGGAGUAACAGAUGAUGGCAUGGCAGUGGCAACAGGUUCAUGGGACAGCUUCCUCAAGAUCUGGAACUAAAAUACUGAGCGGGCUUCUCCAUGACUGGAAGACCAUUCCAACCUUCAAAAAAUUUAAAUCAUAGCAUAUCCGAUCCAACCAUACUAACGUGGAUACCCUUUCUCCCUAUUCCUAUACAUCAAAGGGCAGAAAACUCUCCCCUUAUUUUGCUGAAACAAAGAGCACAAUUAUUUGCUAUAGGAAGAUUAUUUUUUUUUUUGUUUGUUUUGGUCUCUGAAACAGAAUUGUGCAUUCCUUUGGGACCGUUUAUUCCAUUGCUCCCACUUUCCUUUUUUUUUUUUAAAUUUCCCUUCUCUUCUCUACAUCUGUCUUGAAGAAUAAUGAUACAAAACACUAUACAGUAAGACAUAACCAAGAAGUUAGCUUGUUAAGCAGAAAGUGAGUUUCUUGAAAGUUUACCUGAAGGUCCUUGAUAAGUCUGUCCAGAUUACCAUUUUGUAGAGUCUGCUGCGUAUGGAAAAUCUGCAGCUAAAAAAAAAAGAUUUUAAAAUGAGACGUUUACUUAUUGUGGUUUUUAUUUUCCCACUUUGGUCCAUUAAGUGAAGGUGGGGCUUAAGUCUGUGUGUCAGGGCCUACUGUUAACGCUGUCCCUGUAGCGUUUCUUGUGAAAGCUUGCACAGAAAGCGGCCAGAUUAUUAUUUAACACGAGAGUUAACUCUCCACAUGCCGUCUAUUAAAUAACUUAAAUGCGUAGCUUGCUCCAGCAAUUGAGUUACUGGGAGUGGUUCUAACACAAUGCCUGGAAUGCCUUUAUACAUGUAUUGAUAUGGGGCAUUUAAGAAUUAUCAGUCCUUUCAAUAAUGGACUAUGUCUCCAGGCUGCCCAGAACAUUGCACCUUUGAUGAUAAACUGUUCCCUUUGUCAUGAGUACAUCUUAACCAUUGCCUACACACCAUAUCAUAUACUAGGACUCCUCUAUAACUGAGAGCAUGCAGAAUUGCAGAGCAAUGUGCCACAGCUCAGUCUGUUGAGGAUAAUUCCAGAAACUUCCCUUUAAAGCCAAUCAGAGAGAUAUAUUUCCCCUCUAAGUAUCUUCAUCACCAUGAUUUGAACCUGUAUCAAGCCCAGCUCAACUUCUUUGAGAUGUGUUGAAAGAUCCAUUUUUUAAAAAAAUACUAACCUCUUUUCCUAUGGGGAUUAAAGGAAAAUGAUCCCUAAUUGUAAUGUAGAGGAGUCUUAUUGGUGCUUUACGCUAUUCAUUUUACAGAAAAGGAAUAAAAGGAUCGUUUACCAAGUUAUUUUAACACUGAAGCAUGUCAAAUCCUUAUUCACAAAAACCUGAAAUAUAACCCCCCCCUUUAAUGAAACACUGGGAAAAGAAGUUUAACAGAGAGGGUAACUUUCACAAGCACUACCCUAGUCCCAUCCCCUAGAUAAGAGUCAGCCAUGGACAGAAGUACAUAUCUGUUCGUCCGGAUAUACAUUCAGAUGUGUAUGAAAUGAUGUACAAAAUUAAUGUUUUUGAAAAUAAUGAUCUUGAACUUUCUAAGUUAAAUCUUACGAAAGCUUUUAUUCUUUUGUUGGCGGGGGGUGUGUUUGCCAUAGGGAUGGGUUUUCCUCUUAGGGUUGCAUGCUGUAGAGUUGCUUAAUAAUGUGCAAAUAGAAAAAAAAAAGUCCUUAGAUGUUUUUUUUUUUUUUUUUUCCUUUUAAAGAAAUAACCUGUUUAAAAAAACAAAAACAAAAAAAAGAAUUAAAUAACUAUUGCGGUUGUGCUCAUUUUUUUUUUUAUUUUAUAAUCACCGCUACUCUGUGUAUACAUUUUCAAAGAAGUUCAGUGCAAAAAAAAAAAAAAUGAGCACUUUGAAGAGUAGCCUAAUUCACUUUUUUUUAACAAAUAAUAAACAUCCUGUUCAAACGAUUACAUAAAAAUCAAAAAUGUUUUGUUUGUUUUUUUUGUCAGGAAGGGUUGGGAAAUGUGAAAUUAAACUUGAUUCUUCUGGUUUAAGUUGAUGCUUCUCAGCCAGUUCUUGUAGAAAAAGGAUCUUGCAUCUGAUUUUUUUUUUUUUUUUUUUGUUCUUGCAAGAACAGCUUUCCCUGCCUCUUAUUUCUCUCUUUCUCUCUCAAAUCAAUCCACUGCUCUCUUGUUGGGAUCUGGGAGCCAGUGCUCCACAACAGGAAAGAAGGCAAGCGCGAUGAAAUAUAACUCAAUAGCUUUUUUUCCCCCCUCAUUGUAUAUGAAAGAUACUCAGCCUUUGCAGUAGCUGCUUUUACAAUUUUUUUUUUCUUCUAAAAUUUCUGUACAAAAAAAGUGCUGUCAUUGUGCGUUAGGCCGGGACCUGGCAGAGAAAGAUGCCCCUCCCACUUCUUGCAUAAUUUACUCUAGAGCUCUCUGCACCCCCUUUCCCUUUCACCUUUUGUAUUUAAUUUUAAAGUCAGUGUACUACAAGAACGCUGGAUGCAAGAUAGAUACUAUAUUAAAAUGUACUGUUAUUUAAGAUGUAAUAAAGCAGUUUGACAUGA